GCUCAAGCCUGGUGGGGGCGCCUAAGAACAUGUCUGAGGGGGAGCUGCACGUGGGGGGGUUCAUGUUGCCCCCUCAGAGUACCAAUUGCUCCACGAAGGCCCAGGCCACCUCAUCUCUCAAGAAAAAAUACUUCUACUCCCAGCUGUUCCUGUUCCUGCUUUUGCAACUAUUGUUUACCCUGAGCCUCCUCUCAUAUUGGUACCUGCUCCCUCAGUCAAUGCAGAAACCUUGCCUUCCUGUGCAGGCAGCACCAUCCAUCACCCCUGUGCUCACCAUCCUAUUAUGGACAUGGCCUUUUAAUCAACGAGUGUCCAUUCAAGGACUCCACUGCUUGGGCCCCUGGACCAAGGAGACGAACUGCCAAAUCACAUUGGACCGUUCCUGGUAUAAGAGGGCCCAUGCAGUCAUCAUCCAUCACCCUGAUGUGAGUAGCAACCCCUCCAGUCAGCUGCCUUCUGGACCACGGCCAGCUGGCCAACGAUGGGUCUGGCUCAGCCUUGAAUCACCUAGCCACUUGAAUAACCUGGCUGCUAUGGAUGGCCUCUUCAACCUGACCAUGACCUACCGCACUGACUCAGACAUCUUCGCCCCUUAUGGGUGGCUCAAACCACGGCAGAAACUGAAGAACAAUUCCUUAACUAGACCUCCCUAUCCCAAAACCAAAUUGGUGGCCUGGGUGGUGAGUAAUUGGAGGGAAGACUCCGUACGGGUCAUAUACUUCUGGAGUCUACAACCCUAUCUGUCUGUGGAUAUCUAUGGGAGAUAUCACAAGCCGUUAUCCACCAAAAACCAGCUGUCUGUCCUUUCCGAGUAUAAGUUCUACUUGGCUUUCGAGAACUCUGUGCACCAGGACUACAUCACAGAAAAGCUUUGGCACAAUGCCUUGGCAGCCUGGGCUGUCCCUGUAGUCUGUGGUCCACCAAGGCACAACUAUGAGCGCUUCUUGCCAUCCGAUGCCUUUAUCCAUGUGAAUGACUUCAGGAGUCCCAAGGAUCUAGCCAUCUACCUAAUGGAACUGAAUAAGGAUGAGAAGCGCUACCUGGCAUACUUCCGGUGGCGGGAGCACCUGGAGGUGGUAACCAGAUCUGGCUGGUACCAGGAAUUCUGUAAGGCAUGCCGGAUCCUACAGGAGCCACCCAGCUACCGGACUGUGCCGAUGCUGUCCAAAUGGUUCUCCUGAGGUGCGUCCCUCCCUGUCCAUAGCCCUUGGGUCUUCUAUUGGCAGGGAGUUAGUUGGAUGUUCCAAAAAGGUGUGGUGGGUUAUCGCCUUUCUAGUGGCCUCUUCUCCCACUGGAUAUCUUUAGAGAUAUUUCCCACUAGUGACAUCCUUUUGUGAUGUCCUUCCACUGGUGAUGUUGGAUCGCAUUCCCCACUAGUGACUAUCUUGACCUUCAGUGGCAUGUCCCAGUAGUGACCUUUGGUGAUCUUUCCAUCUGAUGACAUCUCUUGCUAAUGACCUUUGGUGAUGUCUCCCUCUGAUGACCUGUGAUUAUAUCCUGUACUAGUGACCUGAGAUUCUCCCACCCAUGACUUGCAGAGAUAUCACCUUUGCUUAUGUUUCCCACUAAUGACCUUGCCCACUGGUAACCCCAAAGGAGCUCCCACAAUACAGACUUUCAGCCCCAUCCACCAUCAGUCAGUCCUCUGCUGCUAACUUUUAAAGAUAUCCCCUACAAUAAUCUUCACUGACACUCUGCACCUCCCCCCCUUCCUUUGUACCUUGAUGCUGUUUGUGAUAUUCUGUGGACACAGUUCCCUAGACUUCCCUUUUGUGUUCCUGGUACUUAGCGAGAGCUCAAUAAAUGUUUGUUGAUGAGGAUGGCAAGUAGCAGGCCCAGGGAGGAUCCCCAGGGUCAUCUGGGCAGGUGGAUGAUAGGAACUGAUUGUGUAGGUCUUGCUUUGUCUGCUCAUUGGGAUAAGGUCCCAGAAAAGCCAGUAAAUAGGACAAGUCUGAGAACACAAAAUGUGUCAUUGGAAGGACCUUAGAGACAAUCUAUUGAAAUCAACCUUACCCCCCUCCCUCAUAUACACACAUACACAUACCCCACCCAUGGAUACACAGGAAAAUUGAGACCCAGAAGGGGGAAUGAACUUAUCAGAGCUGCACUUAAGGGGUCAAGGGCUGAUCUUAGACUAGAAUUCAGUUCCCUAACUUCCAUCCUAGGGUUCUUCCCAUGGCAUUCCCUCUCCCAGAAGGGCCUUGAUGACACAAAGCCAAAUGGAUACCCUAAAUAUCAGAGUCAGGAUGAAGAAAGGCUAGAGCAGUGGUUGAAAACUCAGGUAGAAACAGAUGCAGCCCCACAUCCACUUUUGUUGUUGGUCAGUCAUUCAGUCCUGUCUGGCUCUUUGUGACCCGAUGACCCAUAGCAUUCUAGGCCUUUCUGUCCACUAUCUCUCAAAGUCUGUCCAAGUUCAUAUUCAUUGUUCCCAUGACACUGUCUAUCCAUCUCACCCUCUGCUGUCCCCUUUUCUCCCUGCCUUUGAUCUUUGCCCACAUCAGGGUCUUUUCCAAUGAGUCCCAUCCUCUUCUCAUGUGGCCAGAGUAUUAAAGCUUCAGCUUCAGUCUUUGACCUUCCAAUGAAUAGUCUGAUUAACAUAUAUGUUGUGUUGUGUUUUUAUUUUAUUAAGCAUUUUCCAAUUACAGUUUAAUCUGGUUUGGGAACAGUGAGGAACGGCAAGUUUGACACCUCUGGGCUAGAAGACUAGACUGAGUCAAAUGAUGAAAUAAAAUUGGGAUAGAUGUC